UGCAGAAAGUACUUAGGAGGGAGCUGGAAAAAUCUGUCUUUGGAUGAGUUUUCCAUUGAACGGUUAGGGUACGUAUUUUUGCUACUACGCACACAAGCUAAGCCCCUGGCCGCCUUGGCUAUUUAUCCGUCAUGCAGUUUUCUGUGUGCUUUCCAAUGCUCUUACUACCAUUUAUUUAUACCGUAACCUUAUGAGCACUUUGCUAUAAACAAAUUGGGUGUGAUUUGAAAAAGAGUUUGACAUUGCGACAUCCCUGACAUUGGGGCGAGCAUAAAAAAGCACCUGAAGAAAUGGUGUGAUUGAUUAUAAUACCAUCUAUAAAUGGCAAAGACAUGUGUUCUUCACGUUCAAGUUACAUAUAUUAUUUCCUGUGGUAGGCAAUUGUUUUAUGUUCCAGGGGCAUGAGUUUUUGAGGGUGCAUUGAAUGUUAUUGUUGUAACGCAUGGACUCUUAUGAGAUGAAUAUUUAUGAGUGAGCUGGGUUUGCCGCCAAGGAAAUCCCACGACGUUUUUAAAUCUUUUGGACUUUGGGCUCUCCUAUUAAAAUUCCUCUCUCCUCUGAAAAUCAGCGGUAAGAAAUUAAAAUCAGUAUGGAUGCUGCAUAAACACAUUAUCUAAAUAUGCAGCUUAGAUGCAUGUAUGGAUGGCAAAAUAUUUUCUUUGUCAUUUAACUAUAAAUUAUUGAAUAAGGCUGAGUAUGAAGUGAAGAAUUAAGUAGGUCUAGGAGAAUAAUUCUUAUAUUGGCCAAGGUAGAUAACAGCCCAUGAGAUCUGCAUAAUUCUUUGCAUAGUACGAGAGCCAAAUUCAAUACAUGAAUUUUUUACAUGUAUUUCUCAGUUCUCAACAACCCUCCCCAUACCCUCACUUGAAGUACUGUCUUAAUGUAUCUUGCACUUGUAAAUACGGAACCAUACAGAUAUGUUUUCAUGUCACGAAAGCAGUUAAAAGGUUUUAAGGUAAACCAGGACUUCUGUAUUCUCUUUGCAGUGGCGGCCUCACCAAUGAACUCUACAUCUGCUCCCUGCCAAAUUAUUGUCCAGUAAUAAAUAAAGAAAAACGAAAAGUUCUUCUGCGCAUUUAUGGGCCACUCUACAGUGAACUUGUCAGCAGUUCCAGUGCACUGAUCUACAAUAUUGUAAUCUUCACCCUGUUGUCUGAGCGGGAAGUGGGCCCAAAGCUGUAUGCAGUAUUUCCUCGUGGCAGACUAGAAGAGCUUCUCCCAGUAAGUUUUUCCAUAUGAUAAGCACAAACUUUAAUAGACGCUUCCUACAUUUUCUUUAACUUUUGGUAAAGACCAGUUAGUGAUUAUCCAUUUACACUGCUGGAAAGAGCACUUUUAUUAGGAAACUUCACAAGUUUAAGCUUGAAGGUGAGCAAAGCUUGAAGGCGAGCAUAAUUAUUACCCCACAAAGCCGCAAAAUUUUGCAGACUUGUGUAUCAUAGAGGGCACGAACUUGAAUUUGACAUCUUUGCGGAACUAUGCUUUGUCUGUUUUCAACAAAUUACAUUCAUACUUGGCAUCUUUACCAACAUUAUUUUAUGGUGUUCUUUUCAGCUGCAUUAAUGGAUUUUACUAACUGGUCCAAGUCAAAGUUGAUAAUUCUUGAAGGGGCUAAUUUAUUGAAGUCUACUCUAUUUUUCUUUUAAAGGGAAAAUGCCUUGCGUCAAGUGAACUGGCUUGUCCCAAAAUCUCUGUCAGGAUUGCCCGAACACUGGCAGAGUAUCAUCAUAUGGAGCUUCCACUCUCCAAGGAGCCUGUGUUCAUGUGGAAAAUAAUGUCUGGGUAAGAGCAUGGUGUUAGUAUGUGUAAUCAAAUGGUGACGAGUGUCCAAAAAGGCAAGGGAAAUUUAUUAGGAUGUGGACAAAAUGCCCAUGAAAUUAUUCCCUAAUUUCACGAGUAUACCAUUUGAUUACUUAUUAAUAUCAUGGGUGAUGAAUUUUGUUAGCAGUCGUGAAGUUUUGACAUGUUUACCCUGGAUCACAUCGUAUCAAAUGUUUAGACCUUAAAUUUGGCUUGAGUUCAGAAUUUUCAAAAUUUCUUGACAAAAUACCUGUUAGAAUCCUUCUUGAUGUGCUCUUUCGUGUGUUCAGGUUUUCUAAAGCUUUUUCACUGCAUUUUAAAACUUUGUUGCCAUCUUGACACUGAGACGUACAGGUGGUUGUCAUGGCAAUUGUGAAAUUACAAAAAAUUCUGAAUUUUGGUUGUUCCAAACAUUGGAAUUCUGUAUUUUGUUUUUCCAGACUUUGGAAUUCUGUAUCUUGGCUUUUCCAAACAGUAAAAUCCUGGAUUUUGGCUGUCCCAAACAUUGGAAUUCUGAAUUGUGGCUUUUUCAAACAUUGUAAUUCUGGAUUUUCUCAUUUCCAAACACUGGAAUUCUUGAUUUUAGCAUUUCCAAACAGUGUGAAUUCUUGAUUUUAUUAUUUUCAAACAUAAUUUGGACAUUCUGAAUUUUGACUUUUCCAAACACUGUCAUUCUGAAUUUUGUCAUUUCAAACAGUGGAACUCUGAAUUUUGGCUAAUCCAGGCAAACAUCGCAGUGGCAAAUAAAUUAAUGAAUGCGAUUUCUGUUGAUGCUGAAGUAUAAACAGAAUGCAGCAGGUUUAAAGCGAAACGUCUCCACUGAAUUCAAGGAAUAUUGUAGAUCCAACUCAGUGUUUAGGCUAUGUUCCUGAUCAGAAGGUCCAGACCAAUAAAAAUAUUACCUCUUGUCAGUAGUCUCUUGUUAGUACAGUCAACUCUCUCUAAGACUGACACCUUUGGGACCGGCUUUAAGCGUCCGUCUCAGAGAGGUGUCCGUCUUAUAGAGAGUCAAAUAAAAGGAGUAAAGAAAGGCAGGGACCAACUCUAAGUGUCCGUUUUACAGAGGUGUCCGUCUUAUGGAGGUGUCCGUCAAGAGAGAGUUGACUGUAGUUGCGAAAUUGUAAUGUUUUGCUUUUUGUUGGAAUGCUAGUGUUACUGCUUGUUUCCAGUGACGGUUUUAACACUGCGGUUUCCUGCAGUUUCCGGGGUGGAAAUUAAAAUUAAUAAGUGAUCAUUGCAAGCUCUCCCUUCUUUUCCCACCUCUUGUACUCGUGUCUCUUUUCACGUGAGUGCAACCCUCAUGAGACUUCAUGCGACUCUCCCAAAUGGAGAGCUUGCUCAUGGUCUAUAUGCAAUCAGCGAACAUUACCUGGAGGUCGACAGGCUUAUCAAGCCUGAAUAACAGAUGGAACUAAACUUCUGGAUAAGUCCAUUUGUGAAACAGCGCUGAAAUCCUUGUCUGAGCAACAACCUGUGUACCAGAAUUUGAGUAUGUGCCAUGACUAACCUGUUCAAAAUGCCAUUGUCGAUUUGCCAAUCAAGUUGAAGGGAAAUUAAAAAUGCAUUUCCAGUAAUUUGCUGAGUCCGUUGUGGGGGGUGGGGAGGGGGCAAAACAUGGAUAUCGACGCAGCAUCAAAGAUUUUACUAACCGGGGUUUGAUACAUUACGUCUGUGAUGCAGGCUAGGCUUACCCUAUGUGGUCAAUGAAAUUAUUGCAGCCAAAGAGAGAUUGAAUUUAUCUUUUUUGUUAGGUGGUGUAAAGAAGUUGAGGAACUGCAUCUAAAUGAACAGGAUAAAGCUGUUACAUUGGCUAAGAUAAAAAGCAUGAAUUUGAUGGAUGAGUACUACUUUUUAAGGUACCAAAAUUAAUGAUGCCCAAGUUAUGAGUCACUCUUAACCCUUACACUUCCAGAAGUAUCAAAAAUUCAACAAAUAUCCAAAUUUCAGUUUGUAAAAUAAAGUAAAACAAAUAGUAUCUUGUGAAACUGCUGCCAAAGAGGCUCAAAGGGGAAUGGUCACACCCCAGACUCAAUUUGAACUAUCUCAAAAGAAUCCAUCAUUCACUCCCGAUCAUUAAUAAAAUUAAUGUGCUGUUGAAAGAACUGUACUCAGACCAAGGCCUGGCUUCCGGAAGAGAGGCCAAGUGGUUAACACCUUGAACUCUGGAUCUGGAGGUCUGUGGUUCAAUCCUCGCCCAUCACAUUGUUCCCUUAGACAAGGAACUGUACCCAACUUCAUCUCUCUUUACCCAGGUGUAUAAAUGGAUACCAGUGACAUACUGAUGGGGGGUAACCCUGUGUUGGACUAGCAUCCCAUCCAUGGGGGAGUAGUGAUUCUGCUAGGCAUGCUUCAUGCUAAGGAAACUGGGAUAAGCUCUCUGCUGUUUGGGCCUUUGGCCUGUGUGCGCCUUUACCUUUUUACCUUUUACUCCUUAGAUGGGCAGCAUUAUUGUAUGUAGCAUGGUGCAGUUUGACAAUUUUCUACAGGAGCUUUUGGUCUAUUCAUUGCAGCUUUUCUGCAGAACACAAACACAUAAUGGUAGAACUUAAAGGGCAAUUUUCAGGAGAAUGUAGUAGUUUAUCAAAAUUAACUUUGUGCUUGUUUCUACACGUUCCUUCCUUGGUUUCUUUUAGGAAUUAUUUGGAAACAGCAACCACACCAGGCCCAGUUACAUUUUGCCAUAAUGACCUUCAAGAAGGUUUGUCUCUAUAUCUUUUCCAUAAUAUUUUUGUGGGUGACAAGAGGAGCCCACAAUCCUAACCUCCAGCUUAUUAUGCAUGCGUCGCAUGUAUGUAGCCAGCAUUCAUUUGGACUUCCACUAAAAAUGAAUGGAAUGCACAGAGUGCAAUUUGAUCACGCACAUUUCAGACCACAAAUAACUAAGAUAGUACGUGUGCAAAAAUAUUUCAGUUCUCUGCGAUAAAAAGUAGAAUGUAGUUUACUUUUGAAAUACAAAUGGAAUGGCCACUUUACCAGUGGUACUAACCUUAACGAUCAACAAACUGAUUAACCCAUGCAUUGCUCGAUGAAAUACUGGAAGUCUGAAAUGUUCACAGCCCCCUAUUUCUCCACAAGAUCAUCAAAAUUGAGUGCUUUGCAUUGCUGGCAGCCAUCUUGGUUGAAUGAGUGUCAAAUCUACUUAGGGGGCUGGGGAUGGUUUGGGAGGAGGCGUAAACCCUGAUACCCACCCCUUCAGUACAUAUGAAACCAAGAUGGCCACCCAUACCGGU